CGCUCGGCAGCGUCCUGGCUCGAACGACAUCGCAUGUUGUCGAGCCUCCUCCACCUUGCCUUCCCCGUUACCCUAGAAUCGGUUGUUCCUUAAAGAAACUGGUUGACAAGCCCAUCGUCUUGGACCUUGCACAGUUCUCGGUUUGAUUUAUUCAUUAAAGAAAAAUUGGAGAGAGUUCACGGAAGGUACAGCCAGUAUUCGUACUUUGGACCUCUGUUGAUCUUGUAUUAGAGUAUUCAGAGGCUCUAACCGACGUCGGUCUUUCUUUUACGAGUACACUUGACUCUCUGAGCUCAUUUUCAGCUAGUUAGCUAGCUUCUGGACGCAUUUCUCCUUCUUGUAGUAGACUUGGCUCCUCAAAACAAAAAUCAUAUCGUCUGCAACAAACAUUAAUCUGAUUUUGCUCCGUUCCUCGUUUUCUUCUUUUGAUUAAAAAUGUCUGAGGACGAUUCGACACUGAAAGUUCUUCUUGUUGGAGGCACUGGAAUAGCCGCUCUUUUGGCUUGGCGGUUGAAGGAAUGUGAGUACAACGUCCGUACCACUCUUGUCUGGCCUAAUGCAUCUGAAAAUGGUCAAGACACAUUUACGUUUCAUUCCAAAGAGUUUGGUACUCAUAAACACAAUCCAGACCUUACGGUUCGUUCGUUGAGUAGCAUCCCAGCGAACGAGAAGGUUUUUGACUAUGUUUUCGUUUGCUUGCGUUAUAAUCCGGACGUAUAUGACUUGUCGGAUAUGCUGAAACCUGUCGUUACUCCUGAUAGAACUUGUGUGAUUUUCAAUGCAUUUGGUUCUCUUGGGGUGGGACAGUUUUUACAACAAAGCUUCCCUGAGAACGAGGUGCUCGUUACACUGCCCAAGACAACAAUUGUGCAACGUGGUGCCAACGAGUUUUGGCACGGUGACCACUGUCAUUUGCUUCUUGGCGCUGCUGAGGAGACAGAGCAUGAGUCUGAAGGCAUGAACGACUUUGCUGAGCUGUUACGUUCGGGUGGUGCUGAGGUUGACGUGUACAAGUCGCUUGCAGAGCAAGAAUUCAAUGAGAUGCUGGCACCUCUCACCAUGUUUCCCUUGUCCGUACUCUGUCACAACCCCCGUCUCUCGUUUAUUGAUUCGAAGCCUGAGAUGAAAGCUUUAAAUCACUGUAUGAAGGAGGAGCUUGUACAGAUUGCAAACGUUUUAAAUUUCGGUGUUGAUGAGGCAAACUAUCAGAAGCAGCAAAAGUCUAUCAUAAUGAGUCCUCAUCCCAAUCCUACAUAUAUGGAAUUUAGCACGGGCAAGCCUAUAGAAAUUCUUCAUUACCUUCAUUAUUGUCUGGAUGUGGCUCACGGAGCUGACAUAGAUCUGCCCCACUUGGAGACUGUUACUGUCCUUCUUGGCAACGUCACUCGUGCCCCCGCCAAUGAACACGGCUAUGGAUUGCCUCGUUCGAAUCCAAGUGUCGUGUCGUUGCAAGCUAUGCCUCGUCGUCAUCCAUCCUCCGGUGCCCCUUAUGCUCGCCAUAAUCCCAACAAUUUUGCAUCGCCUUCUGCCACCGAUUUAACAGCGGACAGGGGAGCAAUUGAUCCUAGAGAUUUCGACAUGCUUUCCUUAACCUCUCAACGCUCUCGUCGGAAUGUUUCCCCUCAACAGAAAAAUCAAAUGCAUCUUUCUCUUAAUGCCCGAACGGGUUUGGAAGCCAGCUUUAUUCCUUACCAAAGCUCCGCAUAUGCACAAUCCCGCCCGCGUUUGGCUGCCGCAAACUCUGAUCCUGCAGGUGCUCCUGCCGCCCGACCGCAUGUUAAUCAUCGACAAUCUUCCUUUUCCUCGACGAAUGGAAAGCCGCUUCGGGGCAACCCGUUCCACACAAUGUUCGUGUGAGCACUGCUGCUCGCGAGAUCAUGCACGACGUUCCUGCACUGGAACUUGCAUCUCAAGGCAAUGACGCUUACACAACUAUUAUUCAAAGGAAUCUCAACUCCCCCGCCAUCUCAAAAUCUCGAUCCGAGACUGCUGCCAUCACAGUAAUCCCUGCUGCUACGCGCCGGUUUAUUCAAUCCAGAACGGGCUCGAGGCCAGCUAAUUGAGGAACAUACUCUCUCAUAUACACACUUGAUUUGAUAUCUAGGUGCUGCAUUUCGCCUGACUACUAACGGAGAUGGCAUUCUGCUUUUUAUGUGUUAUUGAUUAAUAGACCUAUUUUAUGUCGCUCAAUUAUAAAACCACUUAUUUUUGCAGGCCGUGGCUAACGUACAUCAGACAUUGAGUUGUUCGGCACCAUUUCAUCACCCAUCUCUGCUCACUCGGAAUCUUUUUCCACGAGUAACAUAACCUCAUUACACACAUAUACACUCUUACAUUUUUCUCACUCUUUAUCACUUCCUCUGUCUUUGGCAAUGUCACUUUCAUCUACUCUAUUUUUUUGUUUGCCUUUGCGCGUCAUACUCUCAGCGUACAUGCUAUUUCUCACUGCUCGCUGUCCAUAUGGGGCGGUGCUACAAUUCUGAAGCGGUGUGUUGAUGUGAUGUCUAAUUUCCAACAAAACGAACUGAGUUUGAAUGCUGUACGGUGACGUCCAGUUCUUAUUUUGUGUGUUUUGUUCUCACUCCCAGGGCGCAUUGUCAUAUUUGUCUAGAGCUUCGGAUAAUAACGAUACAGGUAUGGCCUAACAACGGAGAUGGUCCCCUCAUUCAUAAGGUUGUUGAACUCAAUUAUUCCACACUCCAUGCCUGUCAUUACUUAUGCUUCCUGCAAUUUUUGUUUUCCUUCCUCUCCAAAUUCUGUUUACAGGACUUAAACCCAUUUGAAUUUUUACGUUCAAUGAUACGGAAGUUUGAAUUAUUGGCACACAUCUUGUUACAAUGUCGCAGUGCUUUAUUUGUGUUACUGAGGAACCCUAUUUUAUGUCUGCUGCACAAUGCUCUUGUUUGCCAUGCAACUGUUUUGCCAACUCAUUUUGUCACGAAAUCUCAUCAAAGUACCUGUUCGUUUUAUUUCUAAAAGAGGGGCAGUGCUAGUUUGUGGGCGCAAGACGGCGCUGAAUAUCAUGGAGUAUUUAUAGAGCCUUGAUUUCUGCACGUCAUGCUUUCAAUAUGGUCUUGUUUAAUAUGCGACAUGAAGUCAAUUUUGGAAUCGACAGAUUGAUUUUCCACAGUUUAUUAUUCUCACAAUAGUUCUACCCAUCUUGCAUUUACGACCGAACGACGAAGUCUGGCAGGGAACCUAAGUUGUAUGAGAUUCUUUUAUCUCUUGGCAAGACUUUGUUAAACGAUCGAAUGAGCGGUGUGGUAAACAUUCUCCCUUCUCUUUCUCUCUCCUUCAAUACAAACUUAAGACACAGACCAAUUCACAUCUGCUGCUGCUUUCAUGGUGUAAGUGUAUUCAAACUUUUCUGCCAUUAUUUAUUGACAUUUACAAACGAUCUUCGUUUAUUCGACAGAGUACUCACGAACAUAGAAUCGUUUAUUGAAUUUUGUGUAAAUGGGGGAUAAUUUGGUUUUUCAUAUAAAAAAUGUAAAUUUACUAUGUACUGGUAUUUAAGUUAUAUAAAGAAGAGUUUUAG